GUGCCUCGACUAGAAGUUGCCGUCGGGCCUGACCGGUUCCACAUGAGCACCGCCUGGGUCAACCAGCCGUCUCGACCGACCGAGAUCUCGACGCCGCACUUCGUCGGCCGGGUCACCGUCUUCGUCAAGGACUUUAACGGCGUCACGCCCGACGGUUCGCCGCCCAAGCCCGACGCCGUCUACUUCGAGGGUCGUUCGCGCAAGUUCGCCAUCCUGAUCGAGGGCAAGUUCCGUGCGAGGGCCGGCGUCAAGCCCUACUCGGCGAGCGAGGUCCAGUUCGGCUCCGACUUUGCAGACUACCUGCCCGACUCGUUCCCGAUGGGUCCCUUCCAGGCCGGCAUGAAGGUGGCGCAGUGGAUAGACCCGGCCACUCAUUACGAGUUUCGCCCCGCGCACGGCCGCCCUUUCAUCAUGUCGCCGUGGGCCGCCUGCGUCCACACGUUCAGCGCCUACCCGUCGCCGUCGGCCCUGUCGCGCGCCGUCGUCCUCUCGCACGACUCGUCCGCCGCCGACGGCGUCGAGCAGGCCUCGUUCGUCCCGACCGAGGCCAUGAACGACAAGCACAAGUGGGUCGAGCGCCCGCACUGGAGCUUCCUCGGCCUCAAGGGCGACCCGCGAGUCGACGCGUUCCUCAAGGAGCACUCGGAGCUGCUGCCGCCGAGCGGCUCGAGCACCCCGACUGCGCCGCCGACCUCGACCACGUCCUCCUCUUCCCUCGCUCCGCCAGCACGACCAGGCAUGGGUCAGCGCCCCUCGUCCCUCAUCCUCGGCACCUCGUUCGCCUCGUCGCGCCCGAGAGUGGCCGACGCCCUGCCCGCACGGUCCGACUCGCCGCCGUUCUCUGCCGACGCGAGCGCAGGCGGCGCAGGCCUGUGGGGCGCAGCGAUCCCCAAGUCGGACGACGUCGAGUCGACGCCGCACUCGGGCUCGUCGACGCCGAAGAAGAAGAGCAAGUGGGGCAAGUUCUCGCUGUCGUCGCUCGUCGGGGCGCUCGAGACGUCGUCGACCAAGGACGACGCUCACGGGCACGUCGUCUCGGCGGACGAGCUCUUGGGCGCUCAGCGGGCGGGCCUGCAGAGGGCGCAGAGCGACGUUGGCGCGUACCGGGCGAGCGAGGAGGUCGCAAAGGAGCUUGGGCCGUGGCGGUUCGCCGACGAGAGUGUCGACGCAGCAGAGGACACCAACUUUGUCUUCCUCGACCCGUCGCAUCCUCGGACGGUCGCGCAGCGGCGUAAGUACUUCUGCCGCAAGGACAGCGAGGGCUUCACGUACGACCCGGACACGGUCUACGCCGCGUCGUUCCACGCGCCGUUCUGCGACCUCAACACGCUCGACCUCUCGAUCGGGCCCGUCAAGAUGAACAUCGCCGAGCACUUUACCAAGAUGCCGAUCCGGUACACGCUGCGGUCGACUCGCCUCGCGCCUCGGCCGGACGGGCAGGAGGGUCCGCUCGAGGAGGAGUGCUUCGCGACGAUCAGCUUCCGGUUGGUCGACUAG